AUGUCUUUCCUUCUCAGCAACUUAACAAAUGACUCUGACCUGUGGAAAGUAAGUCAUAAUUCUACGGACCUUGUGAAUUCGCCAGCAACUCUGACUCUUUCUCUUUUCUGCCUGAUCUGUUUAAUGACUCUCGCAGCUCUGGUGGGCAGCAUUUUCUCACUGUUUUCCCUGCUGACCAUGCAAAACAGAACUGUUGUGUCCUUGCUUGUGGCUUCCUGGUCUGUGGAUGAUCUCUUGAGCGCCUUCUCAGUGGCCGUCUUCAUGAUUUUGCAGUGGCCAAAAGAGACCCCAGGCUACUUCCAGUCCUUAUGCACCACCUCUGCCUUACUGUAUUUGUGCCAGGGCCUCUCCAGCAACUUGAAGGCGUCUCUUAUAGUCUUCUACAACUUUUAUACGAUGCACAGGACAGUGGCGAGUCAGUCAGCCUCCUUGCGAUCAGGACAGGUGCUUGGUGUGGUACUGACUGUGUGGGCAGUCAGCCUGCUGCUGGCCGCGCUCCCACUGUGUGGCUGGGGCUUCUUCGUGCGCACGCCCUGGGGCUGCUUGACCGACUGCUCCAGUCCCUACGUUCUGCUCCUCUUCGCGGUGUACGCUUCCGCCUUUGGGCUCCUGGCGGUUCUCUCCAUCCCUCUCACUCACCAGCUGCUGUGUUCCGAGGAGCCGCCGAGACUCCACGCCAACUACCAGGAAAUUUCCCGUGGCGCCUCCACUCCCGGGACCCCAGCUGCUGGGGGAAGAGUGCUCUGUCUGUCGCCAGAGAACGUUGCGACCCCAGCUCUUAGAUGUGCUGGAGGAUGCUCCCCGAGCUCCGACUCUGUGCUUGGUCCAGGUCAGUCUACUGUCUCCGGCUCUGGAGGCUGCAAGCGAGAGAAUCCCGGGACUCCCCAGGGCACCAGCAGCUUCCCCGUGAGCCUGGCACAGAAACGCUUUUCUUUGAUCCUAGCGCUGACGAAAGUCAUCCUUUGGCUGCCCAUGAUGAUCCACAUGGUGGUAAAACACGUGGUGGGAUUUCAGAGCCUUCCGGUCGAUACCCUCAGCUUUCUACUAACCCUGCUGUCCAACGUUGUAACCCCAGUGUUUGUCUUGUCCAAACGCUGGACCCACUUGCCUUGUGGCUGCAUCAUCAACUGCCAGCCAGACACCUACUCCGGUGCGUUUGAUGGGAAAAAGUCCAAGAGGAAAGGCUUUGAAUUCAAUCUAUCGUUCCAACAAAGUUACGGAAUCUACAAAAUAUCACACGCAGAUUACUAUGAGGAUGAUGAAAACUCCAUAUCCUAUCACAACCUGAAGAACUGUGAGUGCGAAGCUACAAAGGAGCCUGGGGCAGACAACCGCAACGUCUUCAAUGCCAUUACAGUAGCAAUCAGCACCACGCCACCGGUGGACAGCACCACACUAGGGGGCGUCAACAAGUGCACCAAUACUUUAGACAUUCCAGAGGUCAAACCCUGCGUGAACGGGGAAAGGAGUGCUUUUUCUGUUCAAACAGAAAGUGAUAUUAACUAUGAAGAAACCACCACUUUUGAAGGUCCAGAAAGACGACUGUCUCAUGAGGAGAGUCAGAAACCUGAUCUUUCAGACUGGGAGUGGUGCAGGAGUAAGUCAGAACGAACCCCUCGCCAGCGUUCCAGUGGGCUGGCUAUUCCCUUAUGUGCAUUCCAGGGGACUGUGUCUCUCCAGGCACCUACAGGGAAAACCCUCUCUCUAUCUACUUAUGAGGUCAGCGCAGAAGGGCAAAAGAUAACCCCAGCCUCCAAGAAAAUAGAAGUCUAUCGAUCGAAAAGUGUGGGCCACGAACCCAACUCAGAGGAGACUCCCUCCACGUUUGCGGACACCAGCGUGAAAAUACACUUGGAGGUCCUCGAAAUCUGCGACAAUGAUGAGGCUUUGGACACGGUGUCAAUCAUCAGCAACAUCAGCCAGUCCUCGACCAAAGUCAGGUCUCCUUCUUUGCGCUACUCGCGGAAGGAGAACAGAUUCGUCUCCUGCGAUUUAGGAGAAACUGCCUCCUACUCGCUCUUCUUACCCACAAGUGAUCCUGACGGUGAUAUCAACAUCUCCAUCCCAGACACCGUGGAGGCGCACAGACAGAACAGUAAGCGGCAGCAUCAGGUCAGGGAAGGCUACCAGGAAGAGAUCCAGCUGUUAAACAAAGCCUACAGGAAAAGGGAGGCAGAAAGCGAGAUUAGUUAG